AUGGAAACAGCGCAAGCUCUCGGCCGCGCCAUCGGAUCGCAAAACAUCCAUCUCGUCUACGGCGGCGGAACCAUCGGGCUCAUGGGCGAGAUAGCACGCAGCGUCGUCGCCUCCUCGCCAGUAGGAAAAGAAGCCGUCCACGGCAUCAUCCCCAAGGUGCUGGCGGCCUACGAGCGUGAUCCCGCAAAGAUCGCGGCGGGAAAGCUGGUCAAGGAUGUCCCCGAGGUGGAGAUCUAUGGCCAUACGAGUCAAGUGAGUGACAUGCACAAGCGCAAGAAGAUGAUGACGCUCGAGGUCAUGAAUGGCGGGCCUGGGUCGGGAUUCAUUGCGCUACCCGGGGGAUUUGGGACCCUGGAGGAGUUGGCGGAGAUUAUUACGUGGAAUCAGUUGGGGGUUCAUGAUAAAGGGGUGGUGGUGAUUAAUGUUGGGAACUUUUGGGAGCCCUGGAUGGCUUGGGUCGACAAUGCUAUUCAGGAGGGCUUCAUUCGUGAGAGCAUGAGAGAUGCCUGCUUGGUGGCUAACACGGCUGAGGAGGCUAUUGAGCUGUUGAAGACUUACAAGCCCGUCAAGGAUAGACUGAACCUGAAGUGGGACGAUUUGGCACCGCCUCCAAAGGAAGAGAUCAUUUCGACCCGAGACCGAGAUGAAUGA